GUGUUGAUGUGAGCAUGAACACCCACCUGAAGGCGGUGAAAAUGACCCUGAAAAACAGGGAGCCCACUCAGCUGGAGUCACUGAGUAUCCGUGGCAACAACAUCCGCUACUUCAUCCUGCCGGACAGCCUGCCUCUGGACACGUUGCUGGUCGACAUCGAGCCAAAGAUCAAGUCUAAGAAGAGGGAAGCAGUGGCUGGACGGGGACGAGGCAGAGGAAGAGGACGUGGGAGAGGAAGGGGACGAGGACGAGGUGGACCAAGAAGAUGAUCAUCAGACCCUUUGUUUGCUUCUUAACACCCAGUUGUUUGUACAGGAUUUUUUUAAUCUUCUGCUUGGAGAAAACAGUUGUGAAUUUCUGCAGAUUUUGUUCUUUUUUUUUUUUUCUUUUUUUGUACAUUAAAAAGCCUUGGUAUGAGGGCACACUUGACUCUUCAUUGAGUUUCACUGUUUGUUUUUUUUUCCCAGUAUAAGUGUUUCCAAAUAAAGUGUUUUUGCACUACAAUUACA